UCAGUUUCUAAUAUCUCCGUCAGAUCAGCAUUUUCAGUCUUACGAAAACCCUUGCAGCGUCCAUUGCUUCUGUACCGAACCGGCCCUCCCCUUCCUCGAUCCCUCCUCGCGCCGGCGCCGCCUCUCUCCUCCUCGCUAUAAUGUUGAAGAUAAAGACCCCCAAGACUCAACGAGCAAAACGUGCGCUCGAUAACCGUGCUCCUAAAAUCGUUGAGAAUGCUAAGAAGACACUCAUACUUCAUGGUACGAAAACAAGUGGCGUGGUCAACGCGGUCCUAAUGCAAAUUUAUCACAUGAAGAGAGAUAAUGCGGUGAAGUACACUAAGAAGAACGAAAAUAUUAGACCUUUUGAGAGUGGCGGGGAGACUUCUCUGGAAUUUUUCUCUCUUAAAACUGAUUGCAGUCUUUUUGUGUUUGGUUCUCAUUCUAAGAAAAGACCAAACAAUCUAGUUUUGGGGCGAAUGUUUGAUCAUCAUAUUUAUGACCUUGUUGAAGUUGGAGUGGAUAACUUCAAAUCAACAGAAACCUUUGGGUAUGACAAGAAAUUAACUCCUCGAAUUGGUUCAAAGCCAUUCUUUGCUUUCAUAGGGGAAGGAUUUGAAAGUGUGGAAGAGUUGAAACAGUUGAAGGAAGUCUUGCUUGACCUCUUCAGAGGAGAGGUUGUAGAAAACCUAAAUCUUGCAGGCAUUGAUCAUGUGUUUGUAUGCACAGCUGUUUCUCCAACUACAGUCUUUUUCACCCACUGUGCUCUUCGCCUAAAAAAAUCUGGCACAUUGGUUCCUAGGAUGGAAUUAGUUGAGGUUGGACCAUCCAUGGAUUUGGUGAUUCGACGGCACCGACUUCCUAAUGACAGCGUAAAGAAAGAGGCAACGAAAACCACUUCUGAUCAGCCGAAAAAGAAGAUAAAAAAUGUAAGCAGUGAUAUAGUCCAGGGUAAGAUUGGCAGAAUCUACAUUCCAGACCAAAAGGCUGGUAGCAUUCCACUAUCAAAUGACAUUAAGGGUUUGAAGAGGGAACGACGUGAGGCUAAGAAAUCAAAACGCGCUCAAGAAACUGGAGAAAAUGAAGCAAAGAAACAAAAGACAUGUUCAGAUGAUCAUAAGUUGAUUGGCAACUAGAGAUUGCUUAUUGAAGGAUACAAAUAUCUUUAGAAUUGUGUUGAUAUUACUUUGGUCCAAAUCAUGCUGGUAUUUUGCAUUUCUAUUAGACGAUGGCAUUUACAACUAAAGUCUGAUGAAUUUUAUGUUGUGCUACAAGAACAACCCGCAAGUUUGAAUUUUUGAUAAAUUGUUUUUGUUUGUCUUUUA